AUGGAGCUGAAAGUAUGGGUAGAAGGUAUACAGCGAAUUGUAUGUGGUGUUACAGAAACCACUACAUGUCAGGAUGUAGUAUAUGCUCUUGCCCAUGCUACGGGACAAACAGGUAGAUUUACUCUAGUAGAGAGAUGGAGAACCAAUGAGCGUCUUUUAGCUCCAUAUGAAAAUCCUUUAAAGAUUCUAAUGAAGUGGGGAGAAUAUUCCUCAGAAGUUCAGUUAAUAUUACGGCGUUCUACACCAGAAAAUAAUAAAGCUCCUAGCUCAUUAGGAACUCGUUUAAAUCAUGGUUCACGAUCAAAUGGUAUAGUGAGUUCUACCUCAGAACAUAUCACAGCUAAUAUUGGACAAGAUGAUACCAAGAAUACUACAACUCCAAAUUCUGAAUUUGAUGAUUUGCAAGGAUGUCUUGAUAGAAAUCGUGAUAUUAGAAAAUCAUUAACAUUUGGAGGUUUGCAUGGAAAUGUUAUGGAAAAUAAUACAGAAAUUCAAAUGGAAAAUGUUGCCAUAGUUCAACCUACACCACAUUUAAAAAAUAAGGAAUUAAACAUACGAAAAAAUAUACAAAAACCAGCUCAGUCUCCUACCCGUGCUAGUAGCAGUGAAAGUAACACACAUUUAUCACAAAAGAAAGUGCGUGAAGUUCCCCCAUAUAGGGAUCCUCCAGGUCCAGCUUCACCACCUUUACGAACUUUACCCCCAUACAGAGAUCCUCCACCACCUAAUUUAAAUAGUCCUGGAAGAUCACAGUUUCAAUCUAAUACAAAUAUUGGAAGUCCUCAUGUUCAUAAAGAAGAUCAACCAUCUUCCAGUAAUUCUGUCAAACUAAAGAGAAAUCUCAUUCAGGAAUUUCAAGAUACAAAAGGACAAACUCAGUCUGUAAAUCAGUUAUCUGGUCAAGCUCAAAAUAUGGUUACUGUUGCUUACACUCAACGAUAUGUGGAACUUAUUAGACUAGUCAAUAAGCAACGUGAUACUAUUAAUGCACAGCAAGCAGAUCUUACUAAAUUUGAUGCUGAAAUAUUAUACUGGGAAACUAAAAACAGGGAGCAAAUGCAUGAAAUGGAUUUCAUUUCUCAAGAAGUAAGUCGUAUGGAAUCUACAGGACGACUUAUUGAAGAACAGCUAAAAGAAUUAGCGCAUGUGGAAGAAGAAAGUGAAAUAGUUAGACAACAAGAAAAAACAUUAAAAUCAGAAAUCACUUUGCUAAGAUCAAAACUUGCAAAUUGUGAAACAGAGUUACUUCAGUGUAAAAAUAAAAUCAGAUUAGUCAUGGAAGAGCUUGUCAUAGAACAAAACAAUAUAAGUCGCGAAACAGACGAACGGCAAAUAAUGGAACGUAAAAUCAUUACUGAAGUUGAACAUCUUCAAAAUGAAGUAGAACAAGCUAAACGUUCUGCUGAGUUAGCUUCGCAAUGUGCGGAAUCGCUAAAACUUGAAGUAGUAAAUUUAGAAUCAGCAAUUGUUGAGAAAAAAUUACAAGUCGAACGAUUAGUAGCGGAUAUGAAAGAAGCUAAUUUACAAAGUUUAGCUGUUGCUUGCCAAGAUGAACAAGUCAAGUCAUUACUUGAAGGUGCCCAUAAACCCGGCAGUACGCGUAAAAUGAUCGGUUCCCCGAGACAAUUGGAGACUGCAGUACCUACCAGCAAAAAUCCGCAUGGUGUUUGGGUAUAA